CACGAAUGUUCUAGCAAACUGUGGCACUCAACAACCUCUCUAAUUUCAUCAAAACAAUAAAGUUAAAUUUUUGUUAAAAAAUUAAUUUUGUUAUUUUCUACGUUAAUUAAUAAUUGAAUAAUGAACCAAAGUUCCUCAAAAUCCAUAAAGAAAUUUUAGUUUUGAAAUUUGACAAAUUAACAGCAUAGAAAUGGCACUGUAUGUUUGGGGAAGUGAUGUAAAUAAUGAAUUAGGACUGAGUAGCGAUGACAUCGAGUCAUACAACACACCACAAAGGAUGCAAUGGGAAGAGUCUGAAAACCUCAAACAAGCAGCUUUAGGAGGCCAGCACACACUUCUUCUCACGAACAGCGGCAAAGUUUUUUCCUGCGGUGACAAUGAGUUUGGACAGUUGGGAAUUACUAGGCAGGAAUCUUCUAGAAAAAGACCUCGUAUGUUGCAAUUUCAAUUGAUAGAAGCACUGGAAAACUAUAACAUUACCCAAAUUUGCUGUGGCUUUCAACACUCAGCAGCGAUUAACGAAUGGGGACAGAUUUUCGUCUGGGGACUUAAUACUUUGGGCCAAUGUGGAUACUCUGAUAACAACACUUCUGUUGAUUUCCUUCAAACGCCAAAAAUUGUCAAGUCACUAGCCACUAAGCAUAUUGUUCAAAUUGCUUGUGGACAGUUCCAUACAUUGGCUUUAACAAAUGCUGGAGAAUUAUAUAGUUUCGGAUCUAAUUCAUAUGGCCAAUGUGGACUAGGAUAUGAGACUGAAAAAGUAACGAUGCCAACAUUAGUAAAAUCAUUGCUAGGAAUUCCAAUAGCCAUGGUAAUAUGCGGUGCGAAUCAUAGUUUUGUAAUUUCAAAAUCUGGAAGCAUUUUUGGCUUUGGAAAGAACCUUUUUGGACAGUUAGGACUUGCUGAUACAGUCAAUAAGCCAUUUCCAACACCGUUACGAACUCUUCGUGCUCAAAAUGUUAGAUAUAUCAGUUGUGGUGAUGAUUUUUCUGUUUUUCUCACACUUGAUGGUGGUGUGUUCAGCUGUGGAAGUAGUGCCUUUGGGCAACUUGGUCAUGGUUCAUAUGGGAAUGAGUUAUUGCCUAAAAAAGUUCUCGAAUUGAUGGGAUCGACUGUUAAUCAAAUAGCUUGUGGACGAAGACACACAUUGACUUUAUUGCCAUCUCGUAAGAAGGUUUAUGCUUUUGGACUAGCAGCCAAUGGUCAACUUGGGUCAGGAAAUUACAACAAGUCAUGCAUUCCUCAAAUUGUCAAUGGUCCGUGGUUGUCAGAAGUUGGAAUUUCACCAGACUCUGAAUUAGGAAUAAAGAGCAUUUAUGCUGGUGGUGAUCAUUGUCUUGUAUCAUUAGCUGCAGCUUCAUCGUUUUCAGAAGUUGACUUCCGUCUUCAUCCAAGCGAACGACAAAUUUGGCAAUUAACUCCUGAAUUAGCAAUUGAAUGUGCAAAAUCUGAUGAAAGUGUUGAUAUGGAAGUGCUUACAGCUGUAGAAGUAAUAUUCAAAAGUCUUGCAUGCUUUAAUGCCAGCUUCUUGCUAGAAAAUAAUGGUCAUUUAUACUGUACAUCCAAACAUCAUGGAGUUGAUCUUAAAAUUGCUGAAUUAGCUUUCGAACAUAUUAGAAAAAUCGAGCAUGAAUCAUUAAAGCAUCUAAUUUGGGAAUCAAUUACAAGUGACUUACUCAACUCACUUUCCGCUAACCCACCGGACGUAGAAACAUUAAGGAUCUACCUUACGCUUCCAUUAUAUCAUGAAUUUGUUAAUUCUAAACAUUAUGCGAAACUUCAUACGCCAUUUUGUAAGACAAUUUUAAGCUUAGAACAAGUGCCGAGAAAAGUAAUCACUGGAUGGUAUGCCUUAACAUCAUGUGACUACUUUGAGCGUUUAGUUGACAUUUUUAAGGAUGUUGUUAAAUAUUUCAUUCACUUUGACACUUCCAAGGUUGUUGGACAAGGCAAACAAGUACAAUUUGAGAAUAACUUCUUUAUUGCACUUAACAUGCUGUCAUUAUUAUUCCACACAAAUCAUCAACAACGCAAAGAGAAAGUGCCUUAUGACUUAUUUCAUGUUCAAGAGAUUACCGAUGUUUUUGAGAUCCGACAAGAUUAUUUUUCAUGGUGCGCAGAUCCAAAUCAGAAUUCAUUCUAUCUGUGCAAUUAUCCAUUCUUAUUUGAUGCCAAUGCCAAGCAUGUUUUAUUACAAACUGAUCAAGCACUUCAGAUGCAUGCAGCCAUGCAAUAUGCAGCGAAUCAAAGCAUAUUCUCAAUUUUUGGUGCUGUUCCAAUGCAAAAUGUCUAUUCAAUCUUGAAUGUCUCGAGAGAAAAUAUUGUCGAGGAUACGAUUAGAGAAUUGCAAAGGUUCACAAGUGCUGAUCUUAAGAAACCAAUGAAAGUUAAAUUUGUUGGCGAGGAAGCUGAAGACACUGGCGGUGUUCGUAAGGAAUUUUUUAUGCUUUUAUUAAAAGACGUGUUAGACACAAAAUAUGGAAUGUUUGAAUAUUAUGAAGAAUCAAGAUGUCUCUGGUUCUCUGAGAAUCCAUUUGAAGGAGAAUCAACUUAUCAGCUUGUUGGAAUUCUUUGUGGACUUGCCAUUUACAACUUUACAAUCAUUAAUUUAACAUUUCCACUUGCAUUGUACAAAAAGUUGUUGAAUGAGACACCAGAAUUUGAUGAUAUGAAGGAACUAUCACCAAUGCUUUGGAAAUCUAUGCAAAGUUUGUUGGAUUAUCAGAAUGAUGAUGUUGAAGAUGUGUUCUGCUUGAGUUUCGAGAUUACCAGAAAUAUAUUUGGAGAAACAAAGACAAUUGAGCUUAAGGAGAAUGGAUCAAAUAUCCCAGUUACGCAGGCUAACAAAAAAGAAUACAUUGAUCUCUAUGUAGACUAUAUAUUUAAUAAGUCUGUAGAAAAGCAAUUUCGUGGAUUUUACGAUGGCUUUAUGAAAGUUUGUGGCGGACGAGUAAUGAAAUUAUUCAAGCCCCACGAACUUAUGGCUGCAAUUGUUGGAAAUGAAGACUAUAAUUGGGAAGAGUUUGAGCAGUACGCAGAGUACAAGAAUGGAUAUACAGCUAACGAUCCAACUAUUCGAUAUUUCUGGGAAGUUUUUCAUGAGCUCUCACCUGAAGAUAAGAAGAAGUUUCUCCUUUUUCUCACCGGAUCUGAUCGUAUUCCUAUUCAAGGGAUGAAAGGAAUUAAAAUAUAUAUUCAGCCAGUGCAAGACGAUCACUGCUUACCAGUUGCUCAUGUUUGUGCUAGUUUAAUGGACUUGCCACGAUAUAGUUCGAAAGGUAAAAUGAAGUACAAGUUACUGCAAGCUAUACAGCAAACUCAAGGGUUCUCAUUGAUUUAAAAAAUAUAUUGGCAUGUGAAUUAUGAUGAUAAUAAUAAUAAUAACGAAAGUUAUGUUUUGUUGAUAAAAAUUUAUUUAAAUAUGUUUUAUUCUCUAUUUUAACAAUAUUUUAUGUAUAAUCUUAAUAAAACUGAAUAAAGAUGAGAAACGUCAUUUUUUC